AUGGGCCUGUCCUCGUGGCUUCUUCCCAGCGGCCGGGUCUCAUUUCACCAUGCGAAAGAUAACGAGCUGCUACUCUCCAAGAAGUCGGAUGAUGCAGAUGUGAAGUCUCAGAUCUCAUUGGCAGAUCUAUGCCGUGCAGCGACACCUUCAUCGUGCCAAUUAAACCCGUUACUCUUCAAUGGACAUCUACAGACCGCCUACACCACUAUCAAGUCCCAUGAUAUCCCAAUCUACUACAAACGGCGGAUGUUCCAGGCCGACAACCCUCAAUACAGCGGACAAUUCGCCAUUGACUUUGUCGUGGAGCCUUAUGAGACACCCACCGAUCCAGAGGUGACUGAUGCGGCCCGGAGAUACACGCUCCCCUCGGGCCUGCCGCCACGGACUGCUUUCUUUACCGCAGACGAAUUUGCUUCCUUGCCUUCAUCUGACUCGAAGCCUAUGCUGGUCAUGCUCCAUGGGUUGAGUGGUGGCUCGCAUGAACUCUACUUGCGCCACGUGGUUGCGCCGCUCGCAGCCUCCGGCCGGUGGGAGAUCUGCGUAGUCAACUCUAGGGGCUGCGCGCAGACCAAGAUUAACAGUGGCGUUCUGUAUAACGCUCGCGCGACGUGGGAUGUGCGGCAAGCCGUCAAAUGGCUGCGAAAGACCUUCCCGAAUCGGCCGCUUUUCGGCAUUGGUUUCUCCCUGGGCGCGAACAUUCUCGCCAAUUACCUCGGAGAGGAAGGUGAUCAUGCCCAGUUGAAGGCCGCUGUGCUCUGUGCCAGCCCAUGGAAUCUGGAGGUCGGUUCUCUUGCCCUGCAGAGGACAUGGAUCGGACAGGAAGUCUACUCCAAGACAAUGGGUUCGAAUAUGAAGCGUCUGUUUUCGCAGCACCUGGAAGAGGUCUCGAAGAACCCGCGUGUGAACGUAGAGGAAGUUCUCAAGAUCACAUAUCUUCACGAAUUUGACAGAGCGCUACAAGGUCCGACAUGGGGUUACCCAACAGAGGGCGCCUACUACCGUGACGCUUCCUCCAUCGACUCUCUCCUGGCCAUCAGGAUUCCGUUCUUUGCAGUUCAAGCAGAAGAUGACCCGAUUGCGGCGAAGGAAGCUCUACCAUACCAGGAGAUCACAAAGACACCAUACGGUGUCAUGUGCACUACAUCGUGGGGAGGCCACCUUGGCUGGUUCGAAUACGGUGGGGGUCGCUGGUUUGUGAAGCCGGUGACGGCAUUCUUGAACAAGAUGGCCUUUGAGGUGGACCUCGACGCCCCCCUCGUCGUACAAAACCCAGAAAUCAUUCCAGGGCGGAUCUCCAGCCAGAAGGGGCCCAACAAGGACCCAGACACAGCACCUCGACCGGAUUUCGACCCUAUGCGCCGCAAGCUGGCAAUGAACAUGGACAAAGUUGAACCUUGA